GGCACGAGGCCAUGGCAAUGUCCAUCUCUUUGCUGUCGCCUACUUCAUCAUAGCCCACGGCCAUCGACAAGCAAGCGCAUUGUCGUGUGGAUAUGUUGUGUCCCCUGAAACAUGUUCUCGUACAUACAAUACGACAUUCCAUGUAACAGUUGGUAGGUGAUCCAGUGCAUUAAACGUUCCAACCUGCCACCGCUCCAUAAAAACCUCUCUUCAUGCGUAUGCGUCGUGCAGCGUCCCUUGGUCCUUUUCUUCAUAUCCCCGUCAUCUCUCUGCCUCAGGUUGUUUUUCUGUCGUCAUUUCCUCUCUCUCUCUCUCUCGCGAGCGACGAACGCCCAUGAAUGAGCCAUGAACACUGAAGAGGACGACCAAGCGCUCGCCGCCAAAGGCCAAGUCUCCAUUAGAGGACGGCGUUGCCUCGUAUUCCUCCUCGCGGCGCCUCUCCUACUCCUCUUCCUCCUCUCCGCCAUCGCUCUCGUACUCUCCCUCACCCUCCUCAAGCCGAGAGACCUCACGACCCGCGUCGUCUCCGCCACCCUCAGCGGCAUCUCCCCCAGAGUCGCCUUGAUUCCUGUCCUCAAGGUCGAGCUCAACGUCACCCUCAAGCUCAUCCUCCUCGUCCACAACCCCAACCACUUCGGCUUCAGGCAUGGGCCCGGCAAGAGCAUCGUCUUGUACCGAGGAAGAAAAGUCGGUGAGGCGGACGUGCUUCCAGGGGAGAUCCCCGCGAGGAAGUCGGAAGAGAUGCCGGGCAGGAUGAUGCUGGAGGUGGACAGAGUGGUGGCAGAGGACAUGGUGCUGCUGGUGAGGGAUGUCUUGGGUGGGGAGCUUGUGGUCGAGAGCAGGACAAGGAUUCCGGGGAGGGUGAGGCUGUGGAAGGUGUGGAAGAGGCACACGGUGGUGACGUCGGAGUGCCGGUACGCGAUCCGGGUGCCGGCGAUGAGGAUUCAGAGCCAGGAGUGCGAGUACGAGACCGAGUUUUGACUUUGUUAGAACAGGAGUUUUUGUCUGAUGCCUGGGACAAGAGGUUCAUUAGUCACGGAUGAUCUCUGUCAUGCUUAAUUAAACUACACCCUGCAGAUAUUCUCUUCCCUCAGUAACACACUUUCAAAGUGAGGCACUAAAGACCAUCGUAUUCAAAAUUAAUGUAACCACUUACUGUGAUUCCCUAAGAUAUAAA